AUGCAUCGAGGCGAGCGGAGCGGGGGCUCGGGAUCCAGCCCAGUGCUCGGCCGGCGCUGCCAGGUCCCGCUGCCCUGCGAGAGCUCCGCAGAGCGCUGCCCGAUCCCUCCCGCGGCCCCGCAGAGCCCCCGGCUCCCCCUGUCACCCGCCUGCAUGAGGACCCAGCAGUGCCCCAGCGAGUCCAGCGGGGCACACAGUGCCGAGAACUGCAGCAGCAGUGGCAGCUCCGGGCUCUCGCCGGGCUCGGAUUCAGACAGCAGCGGGGUGGUGUGUGGUGGUGGUGGCAUGAGAGGCGUCCUGUCCAGGUACUGGAGCUUGGAGAGUCUGCACUCUGCCACAGUGAUCACUGAUGGAGGCCUGGACAAGACAGCCCUGACGGACGAUGUGGGGAGCGAGGAGGAUCUGUACGAGGAGUUCCGCAGCUCCAACCACCGCUACGGCCACCCCGGGGGCGGCGGCGAGCAGCUGGCCAUCAACGAGGUGUUGAUCACUGAUGGAGGCCUGGACAAGACAGCCCUGACGGACGAUGUGGGGAGCGAGGAGGAUCUGUACGAGGAGUUCCGCAGCUCCAACCACCGCUACGGCCACCCCGGGGGCGGCGGCGAGCAGCUGGCCAUCAACGAGCCCACAUAG